AUGGCCACCACGCAACUCUCUCAGUCGCAAGCCGCACUAGACCACGCCGACUCAGCUUCUGAACUGGCAACGGUUUGUACUGGAAUGUGGCCAAUUAUUGAUGGAGCUCCCAUGGAAAUACGCAUAUGGGCACAAGAUAAUAUGAGCAAGCUGUACAACGCUCGCGAUAGAUUUGGUAACGCAAUCGAUAUGGCAAUCACGGGAAAGGCAAGGCAUUUUACCAUGAGCUUGGCCUGUCAGACGGUUAUAGAUGCUAUAUAUUGGGGCCGUAUUGUUUAUCCAGCAUCGUCCCAGGCUUUAAAUCUCUCUUCCGCUCACGAAUUCGAAGUCAAACCCGUCCAGUUUUACGAUCCAUACCAAGCACCGCUUCUUAAUCACGAGCGACUCACGGUUCCGGUAAUCCGUGGUGCACUAGGGUGUAUAAAUUCUGUUAUACUUCUUAUUUUAUUUGUGAUAGCCUUCGAGCUCAAUGAGAAGCCUAGAGUCAACUGGGCGGAGAGUCUUUUCAUUAUUUAUGCACUAGGGUUUGUGGCCGAGAAGCUUGCUGCAAUACAGGAACAUGGAAUUGGGCCUAGCUCUGCCACGAUUUGGAAUAUGCUUGACCUAGGCUUUGCGCUAACUUAUUCUAUUUACAGCGGGUUUCGGAUUGUCGGAAUACUGUGUAAUAGCCCUUGGGCACGCAACCUUGGUCAUGACAUGCUGGCUCUUAAUGCAUUUGUCAUACUAUCAAGUAGCACAAAGAUCAUCGCCAUGCGAUUGAUGUUGCUGGAGUUUAUAGCUUCAAUCGCUGUGGCCGCUUUCUGCUUUGGGGGCAUCCUCUAUGCACUGCAUAAGCUAGGAGAGGAUACCUACAGUUUGGGGGAAAUCGCUCGGUGGAUGUUCGACAUUUGGCUGGGUUUAGAUUCGAGCGGAUUGGACCAGGCUUCCGAAUUUCACCCACAGUUGGGGCCAUUUCUUAUGGUCUCAUACGCCUGUUUGAGCAACAUCUUUCUGCUUACUUUAAUAUUUUCGUUUAUCUCUCAUACCUUUGGAAAAAUGAGCAAAGAGGCUGAAAUGGAAGCACUGUUUCAACGAGCUGUGCUAGCAAUUGAAGGAGCGAAAAUCAAUAUUAUCCUUCAAUGCCAACCCCCAAUGAACCUAUUGGCCUUUCUGAUAGCAUUCCCAGCAAAGUUUAUCCUUCCGCCAACUUGGAUUAUAAUUCUUGCGGUUUCUUUUUAUGAGAGGAACCGGGCGGCAAAGGAUGAGGAAACCAUCUUUGAGAAGGCCGUGGCUGCAGCCAAAUGGCUGGUUGCGUGGCCCCGUAGGCUAAGAAGGAUAACUCGUGUUGUAGCGCCUGUUGACGCGUCUAGAAGCGUUCAAGUCAUUUUCGCACUAGAUGAUGAGUUAGCUCAAAACUCGGAUUCUAGUGGCAGUUGGAUUCAACAGUACAAGACCUCAGCCAUGCGUCACAGGGCCCAAGACCCCAUGAAUGACGGUAAUAAACAUAUACCACCCAAAGAGAUUUAUUCACAGAACUCAACUGGUACAGUUUGGAUUGCACUCAAUUAA